AUGGCGACGCCGUCCCCGCUCCGCGCGCUCGUCCUGGUGUUGGCGUUACUCGUGCGGCCGCUAGGGGCGGGCGGCGCGAACGAACCCACCGCUCCGUCGCCGGUCCUCGCCGCCGUCACCACCCCUUCCCCCGCGACCGCGCUCCUCGCGGUGCCCACCGCGGGAUGGGGCUGGGAACCCGACGCCCCGCCCGCGGGGUGGAACGCGUCGGCGGUCAAGAUCAGGCACGCGGUCCGCGCCUGGCGGGCCUCGCACACGCUCGCGGGUCCCCCGCCGCCGGCGACGCAGCUGGCGCCGCCGCCCUCGCCGCCGCCCUCGCCGCCGCUGCCGCCGUGCCUGGUCGCGUACGCCCCAUCUGACGGCACCGACGCGCCGAUGCGAUGUUCGAUGCCGUUGGCGGACCGAAACGUCGCGUUGAACGGGGGUGCUCGGCCGCUGACGAACGCGUCCGGCGGCACGGCGACGCACCCAGAGCGCGCGGUGGACUUCGCGGCGAGUACCACCUGGUACGAGUCCGAGGCGACUGACGGCGGGCAGUGGAUCGAAGCGGACCUCGGCGACGUUUUUAGAAUUGUGGAGAUCGUGGCGCGAUGGACCGAGGAGGCGUACACGCCGACGGGCGUGCGACUGAGCUACGGCCGUAAGAACGACGCGGUCAGCGACGUGCACGACCCGGGGUACGUCACGCGCGUGGUGCUCGGCGCGACGGGCGCGGGCGCCGACGUUUUGGGCCUCGACGUCGGACGCGACGACCCCAUCGUCAAAUCCGCGUCGCCCGACGGCCCCGUCGCGCACAGCUGGCGAGCGCCCGGGUUGAACACGAACGACGCGGGGUACGACCCGUCCGCGCCCUUCGCCGGCGCGGGGGUGGACGCGAGGACCGUGCGGGUGGAGGCGCUCGCGGUUGCGGCGGGGGGGAGUCGAAGGGUGCGGAUGGCGGACCUGAGAGUGUACGGGUACAAGUCGGGCGAGUUUCCCCCGUCGCCGCCGCCAGCUGUGUCUCCGCCGCCGCCGCCGCCGCCGCCGCCGCCGCCGCCGCCGCCGCCGAACCCCGACGUCGUCGUCGCCGAUGUCGUCGCCGGGUGCGACGAGGGCGACGGGUACGUCACGAGCGCGACGAGGGCGCGCACGACGGGGGGGGACGAACUCGGCGGCGACGAAGCGGCGGGGGCGAAAAAAAUCUGGAGGUUCGCGGCUGACCCGAUCUCGUUCCGUGCCAAGGCGGUGCUGGUGGCGUGGACGUGCGCGCCGGGUUUCGCGCCGAGCCGAACCGUCACGUACGCGAUACUGACCGCCGCGAACGCCCCGAACUUGGCGCUCGUUCCCCCCGGCGAAUCCGCCCAACGCGUCGACGUCGUGAACGAAAACGAAAACGACGGCAACAGCAACAACGACGGCAACAGCAACAACGACAGCAACAACGACAAGAACAACACGGUCGUCGCACCCGCGUCGCUGGAGUUUGCCGUGGAUCCGUCCGAGCUCGCGGGAGCGACGGACGCGACCGUGUUGGUGUCCGUGCGCGACGUCGCCGACCCGGACCGAGCCCCAACCCCGGAUUGCGACUCGAGCGGGUCCGAGCCCGAGCUCGCGUCGAAAGGGAUCACCCGCCUCUCGCUGGCGUCGCCUCAUUCGUCGUCCCCGCAUCUCCGCGCGUCAAUUCCCCUCGCCACGCUCGGGACGAUUCGCGUCGUCGCCGUGACGUGCCCGGGUGACGCCGACAAGGACGCGCGUACGAACGACGACGGAUUGGACCCGUCCGCGAGUGUAAGUUCGAUCCUUCGAGUGCGUUCGCCGACGAACGCGGGCGGCGCGAACGCCCCCGCGGAGGUGAGCGCGUCGCUCGCGCUCAGCGGCGGGGGCAUCGGCGUCGACGAGGCUAGGUCGGUGAACUCGCAGGAGCGGAUCCGGCGGGCGGUGGCGUGGUCGCUGAGGCGCGACGGGGGAUCGUACGGUAAGGCGGUCGUCGCGGAGGAUGUGUUCAUUCGAUCGAUUCGAUCGACGCGAGCGCGAAGCGACGGGGGCAAAAGGCGGGCGCUGCUGAGCCCUAACCCAAACCCAAACGCCGGCGUGAGCCUGGACGUGGUGUUGAGCGUGAGGGACGCGACGGAGGCUGACGCCGCCGCCGCCGCGCUGGAAUCUAUCGUCGCGUCCAACUCGCUGAAGAACUCGCUGGCGCUGGAGCAGAUCGUCGUCGCCGUGCACCUGGGCUCGUCCCCAGCCGUGCGUUACUCCGAAGCGGACGCGGCGAACUGCUCGCUGGUGCUCGGCGAGGUUGGACGGUGCGCGCGGGGCGACGCGGAGGGAGGGGGGGGGCAGGGUGAACGCGGAUGUCCGACCGUUACGACCGUUACGGACCUCGGCGGGCUCGGUUCCCCCGGGGCGGACGGCUCCGCCUCGCCCGCGCCGUGCGUAACGAUAAACGGCACGGGCACGGCGUUCUUCCGCGCUUCUUCUUCCGCGAACGACGCCCGAAACGAAACCUUCCUCGCGGACCUGUGGUCGGGUCUCAACGCCACCCUGAACCGCGCCUUAUCGGCGAAGACGUCGCCGUCGAACGGCACGUUGGUUCCGGGUGGUUCCGAGAGAGGGUCGGAGAAUGCUGCGUUUGAUUUCGCGGAGGCUUCGCCGUCAGUCGCCGGCGGAUGCCGCCGGUGGCGAAACGUCUCCGUCGCGGUGCCCACCGGGCGGUUCGGCGCGUGCGUCGUGGACGUUUCGUCGACGAGGGUUUUGGGCGCGGUCAUCGCCGCCGCCUGGGAGCCGUGCCCCGUCCUGGAAGUGGACGCGUUGUCGAUGGAUUCCUCGUCGUCCGCCGCCGUCGCUUACUCGUAUUGCCCCGCGCCCGACGGGCCGGGCGGUGACGGCUGGUUCGAUCCACGCGUCGCCGUCGCGUUCGCCGUCGCCGUCGGCGGCGUCGUCCUCGUCGCGGCGCCGGUGGUGUGGGUGCGGCGACGCCGGCGGGAGAUGGACGCGCGCGGGAUGGCCAUCGACUGGGAUAAAAUCGCGAUGGACGCCGAGUCGAUGGAUGAGCGUAGACGCGCGCGGCUGGAGACGCUGGGUUUGUGGCCCGGCGGGGUGGGGAGGAGUGCGAGGCUGGGGGGAAUGGACGGGGGGAGGAGGGGGAAGGGCGAGGGGCCGGGGCGGGACGGGUUCGCGCGGCUCGGUUCGCGGCUCUGA